CCAUAGAAUGACUUCUACAACGUACUUUUUUUGUUCUUUCCUUUUUCUUCUUUAAAAAGAGCCUCAAGAGCUGCCUCAACCCUUCAUCCCAAACGCAAAAAACCUCUGUUUUUUGCUUCUUUUUGUUCAUUUUUUGCUCUAAUGGCUACCUCCAAAGCCUCUGAUAAAGCCUACCCAGUUCAUGAAAUUGCUCAAACUCAAAUGGGUUUUGCUCUAAUUCAAAGAAACUCAUCUCAAAUAUCUCAAACUGGAGGAGAGAGAAGAGGCAGAAGAAAACAAGGUGAACCCGGAAGGUUCCUUGGUGUCAGAAGAAGGCCAUGGGGCAGAUAUGCUGCUGAAAUUAGAGACCCAACAACCAAAGAGAGGCACUGGCUUGGCACUUUUGACACUGCCCAUGAAGCCGCCAUGGCUUAUGACAGGGCUGCCCUAUCAAUGAAGGGCACUCAAGCAAGAACCAAUUUCAUUUACUCUGACACCUCAACUUUCCACUCUCUACUCACUGCUUUUGAUGCCCAAUCUUUGCUUCCUAAUUCUGCUCUUUCUCACUCUAAAAUGGUUACUCCGAACAAGAACAACAAGAACAAUAACAUCCCAUUUACUCAAUCUCUGCCCUCAAAUCCCUCUUUUGAUGAUCUUAACACCAAUUUCUUGUUCUCUAAUGAUUCAAACUCAGGGUAUUUGAGCUGCAUUGUUCCUGAUAAUUGCUUGAAACCCCCUUCAGAUUCCACUACUUCAAAUGAUCUUCAAAAGUUGAGCUUCUUUGCCUCAAACUCCAUUGAUUCACAAGGUCUGGAUGGUUCAGCCAUGGCUUAUAAUAGUUCAAAUGAUGGAGUUUGGGAUGAACAGAAACUUUGGAAGAGUAAUGGUGAUGAACUCUCAGCUAUAAUCAAUAGCUCCUCUUCUUCUUCCUCUACCAUGGUGGAUGAAAAUCUCCAUUUUCAUCCAUUUAUGAACAGUUCUUGUGGUGGUUUGUUGCCUCAGUCUUCUACUUGUUCUACUUAUGCUCCUCCUUUUGGCGAUGUGUUUGAUUUUGGGUAUCCAUUACUUUGAUUAUUUUUUCCCCUUUUUGUUCAUGCAACUACUUCCUGCCUUUUGUCUUCCUGUUGUGAUAUGAAGAUGAUCCAUGUUUUAGCUCUGAAACUACUGUUCUAUCUCUC